UUAUAAUCAUUUAAUCAACAAAUACUUAUGCUAAAGUGUCGUUGUUCAAUUUCAUUGUAAUCUAUGUGAGGUGUAAUUAGAUGGCUUACGGUGCCGUGAUUUCUCUUACGCAGACAAUCGAGCGCCUUUUAAAAUCUUCUCGUAUUCCAAUUGUCAUAAAACCCUCUCCAAGAAUCAUAAAACAUCUGUACGAGGAGAUUCGUUCCUUGCAAGAAGUUCUCGAAGAAUUGGAUAGCAGCAUCAACAUCGACAGAGAGAGAGUGAACGCUUUGGAUGGACAAAUCAGGGAUGCAUUAUGGGAAUUCGAAGAUUUUCUCGAAUCCCAUAUCUCGAAUCAGUUUCUCUCUCAAUCACCAUCCGAGAGACGACAGCCAUUGACAUUCUCCAUGCGAGACGUACGACGAGAUAUCGAGUCAUUUACAACAACAGUGAAGAAGCUGAAGAAGGCGUACGUUGACGAAUUACACAACCGGUUAUUGGAGCCUCCCGAAGAAGACGGUAUCGAUGCUGUUAAGUCAACAAUUGAUCUUGGUGUAAACAAGGAAGCGUUUUUCGAUCUGUUAGAGAAAGUCAAACAUUAUCUCUAUUCUGACAAGGGGAUUCGGACCGUCGCGCUGUAUGGGAUGGCGGGCAUCGGGAAGACUACUCUUGCCAAGAAAGUUUACGAAGAUCCAUUAAAUACUGAUUAUUAUUUCGAAUUUUGUGUGUUUGUCACGGUAGGCCCGAGAUAUCAGUUGAAAGAAAUCUUGAAAUGUAUUCUAGCUCAAGUUGAUCCGGAUCACGAUUAUUAUACUAAGCAGAUGCUUAUGGAAGGAGAUGAUGAAGUACUAUCUGAGUAUGUUUAUGAAAGUUUGAGGGAUACGUCAUACUUCAUCGUGUUGGAUGAUGUGUGGGACAUACAAGUCUGGCAUGAUUUGGAAGGCUCUUUUCCGCGUGACGUAGAUUCCGAAAGUCUAUUCUUGCUGACAACUAGGCUACGAGGAGUAGCCGAGUCGUGUUUUCGUGGUUAUGCUAUUGAAAUGCCUUUUCUGGACAAAGGAGAAAGUUGGUCUCUUCUCGAGGACAAGGCUUUUUCUCAAAACGAGUUUUGCCCGCCCCAGAUUAAGGAUGCUGGAAGAAACAUUGCCGAGAAUUGUGAAGGUCUUCCUCUUCUGAUAGUCGCGGUUGCUCAAUUACUAUCGGGAAUCGACAAGACAUCGGAGUGCUGGAACAAGGUAGCAGAGGAAAAAGAGUCGAUGUUUAUGGAUGCAAAUGAUCAAACUGUGUCAAAGGUACUAUUUCCAAGCUAUGAAUACUUACCUCAACAUUUGAAAUCAUUGUUUCUCUAUAUGGGAGUAUUCCCUCAAAAUUACGAGAUCCGACUUUCUAAGAUCAUCAAAUGGUGGAGCGGUGAAGGAUUUCCCGAGCCAUUUCAGAACAAAACUUCAGAAAGUAGUGCUCUAGAAUUCUUGAAUGAACUUGCAUCAAGGAAUGUCGUCAAGGUCCACAAGAGGAGCACUGACGACAAAGGAAUAAAAAGUUACGGCCUCCAUUCUUCGUUUCGGUACCUGUCUAACAAAGAAGCUGGGAAGAACAAGUUUUUCUACAAUUUAAAUGUUUGUGCUGAUGGUUUAGCAGAAGGUUUGAAAGGCCAGCGUCGACUGUGCAUUCGCAAUAACGUUUUAUUCGCUAUCAAAGAUGUGUACAACUCAAUCAUGUCCGCUUCAACGGUAUGUUCGCUCCUAUGCCCUGGUCCACAUCAUCCAUAUCCUGUACCAAUAUGCUUGGAAUAUUUAAGGUUGCUAAGGGUACUCGAUGCUCUUACAAUUCGUUUCUACGAGUUCCCAAAGAAAGUACUUAAUCUAGUUCAUCUGAGGUACCUUGCCUUUACAUUCAACAGGCAGCUCCCUGCUUCCAUAUCCAAACUUUGGAACCUUAGGUGUUUGAUUAUUCUUCAGAAUCUAACUAUUAUAAAAGCCGAUGGGAAUUCUUCGUAUAUGCCUAUAAAGAUAUGGAAUUUGCAAGAGUUGGAGCAUCUUCAAAUCAUGGGAAGCAACCUACCCAAACCUCGUAACGGAUCUCUCUUACCAAACCUUUUGGCACUCGUAGAUGUUAGUGCUCAAAGUUGUACCAAAGACGCUUUCAAAAGAAUCCCUAAUCUACAAAAGUUAGGAAUUCGAAUUGUAUUGGCUCUCGGCAACGCCGGUCAACAAUAUUUGCUCUGCCUCAAUCACAUCUCCGAUCUCCGUGAACUAAAAACACUUAAAUGUGUCGUUGUGAAUCCUGAAAUCACGUCUGAGGUUGUCUCUCCACACGCUCGUCUUUCAGUCUUUCCGAAGAGUCUUGUAAAGUUGACUUUGAGCGGCCUAGGAUGCCCAUGGAAAGAAAUACGCAAGAUCUCUUCGUUACCGAAUCUUAGAGUCCUCAAACUGCGAUGCUAUGCUUUUCGAGGUCCGAAGUGGAAAGUUGGCCGCGAUGAGUUUCAAGCGCUUCGAUUUCUUCUGAUUGAAGACGCUGAUCUGGUGCAUUUGGCAUUCACAGACAAUGAUUACGUUGGCUUCGAAAAUCUUAGUUGCCUUAGCAUAAAGCAUUGCUACAAGUUAAAAAAGAUCCCGGUGCAUUUUUGCUUUGCUCUUGAAAAGAUUGAAUUAGUCGACUGCAACCCACGCGCCGUCGCUUGUGCAAAGAAAGCAAGAGAUAAUAACUGGGCCCACUAUUAUUGCGGCUUUGCAUUUGCUAUUGAUGUUCAAUCUUCAUGGGAUAAUGAGGACGUUAAAUCUACCAUUCCAUUCUAAUUCUAUCUUAUAACAUCUCCAACCCACUGUUGUUUUUUUUGCUUUUUCUUUUUUGAGUGUGUAUAAUCCUUUUAUAUUACUGUUUUUUGUUU